GUUGCCACGCGAUCUCGCUCGCACGCGUCAGUAGGUAAUGUGCGGGAGAGGGAUGGGACAGGAUUUGCAAAACCAAAUUAAAUGUUGCUAUCUUCCGAAACCAAAGACUAACAGUUGUAAACCAGCGCAACCACUCUGCAAUAAGGAUGAUAAUUUAUGUGUACUUCAUUGUUUCAGUAAUAUUUUCCCAAAUUAACACCAGUGUACCGAUUUCGUAAUUAUCACGUCUCAUAGCAUUGGGUUUUCACUUUGAAAUUUCAUAAUAUCCGCGUUUUAAUCAGAUAAUCUUGAUCGAGAUUGUUUUAAUGUACGUCGACUAAUAGAGAAUACGUUAUCAGUUUAAGCAAAGAAAACAGUAUAAAUACCGAAUGAUAAUUUAAUAAAUCAUACAGAUUUAUUUGGUGAGAAAAAAAUCGACAAUGAAGGCCUUCGCAUUUGUUCUUGUUACUCUCGCUGCCAGCGUCGUUGCUGUGCCCUCAAAAGUUGACCUUGACAGAGAAAGCCAGAAUUUGAUCGAAAAACUGAUCGUGAACACCAUCAACCGCAUCACUUCUGGUAUCCAAGAACGUGGACUUGACCCAAUCUACGUCGAAAAAGCCGAAGGCGAUUACACUUUCCCAAUUUCUGACAUCUUCAGCGCAUCUGGCACAGUAGCCGAAUUGGCUCUCGAGGGCAUCAGCAACGUUGUCGUCAAUGACGUCACUUUCAACCUUUUGAGACCAACUACAUUCAGCAUCGACCUUGCCCUCCCCAAACUCAGCGCCUCUGCUGUCGCCGUCAACGGUCAGGCCACCAUCUUUGGCAGGGAAUUGGCUGUAGCCAGUAGUGGAAGCCUUGUCGUCGAAGAUAUUCGUCUGGUCUCCACUGUCAGCUUACGAUUGCUACCUAGCAUCAACGUUAGGGAGCUCAGUGCCGUUCUUACUGUUGGCAAUGUUGAGUCCGCUCUCAAAGUUGUUCUCUUCGGCAACGACGUAUCCGAAAAGCUGAAUGACGCUUUGAACAACAGACUUCCCGAACUCCUCGAAACUUACAACGAGCAGAUCAGGGAGAUCGUUGAGCGUAUUAUCCUCUUCAUCAUCAACAAUAUUUUGUAAACAGCCGCCUUAAUGUGUAUCGUCUAAAUUUGCUGAGUUUAUGUGAUUAAACGAUUAUUUAUUGAA